CUUUCUAACUUCCUAUCUCAUUCCAUAUUCUCUCAUACAUUCAUUCCCUAAGAACUCAUCAGAAUUCAUAAAGAACAUAUAUCAAGAAAUGGAAAGCUAUAUUGAAACAGAUUUGAUUGUUAAUCACAAGGAUACAGAAUUAAGGUUGGGAUUACCGGGUAAUGAUGAUGAACAUUCAUGCAAUAUUGGAUCUAUUGUUAGAAGCAACAAGAGAUCUUUUUCACCAGAAACAAGUGUCGAAGAGUCUUCCAUUUGCAAUGCUUCUAGUUCCUCAACCACAAGUGAUCAUGACCAAAGCAGUGUUCAACCUUCAAAGGUGCAAGUAGUUGGAUGGCCACCAAUUAGAUCGUUUAGGAAGAACAGUUUACAACAAAAGAAAGUGGAAGAAGGAUGUGGAAAGUACGUGAAAGUCAGCAUGGCUGGUGCACCUUACUUGAGAAAGAUAGAUCUCAAUGUUUACAAAAGCUAUUCAGAACUUCUCAUAGCUUUGGAAAAUUUGUUCAAGUGCACAUUGGGUGAAUAUUCAGAAAGAGAAGGGUACAAUGGAUCUGAGCAUGCACCUACUUAUGAGGAUAAGGAUGGUGAUUGGAUGUUGGUUGGAGAUGUUCCAUGGAACAUGUUCAUAUCCUCUUGCAAGAGGUUGAAGAUAGUGAAAGGAUCAGAGUCAAAGGGGUUGGCAUGUUUAUGAUCAUUUAAAAUUAACAAAAGCAAAAACCAUGGAUGCAUAUUCUAUGCAUGAAGCCUAUGAAGUUCAAGAUACAAAACGGAUGGUCCAAUCGAUUUGAAUGCAGAUGGUUUAUUUUAACGUCUUAAACAUAUGAUCUUGAUCCAACUGCCAACAAUACACUAAUAUUGUGAAUAACAUAGCUGCCAAGAAUUGGAAUUUGAGUUCUUUAGAGGUGGCUUUUGGGCCUGAUUUCUUAAUAUAAGCCUUUUAUUAGAAACUUCUAAAGCAAAUGCUAUUUUGAUUGUAUACAUGAUAUGAUAUGUACAAUAAAACUUUAUUACAAGUAUCUUUUUGGAGUAAUAACUAGACUUAGUUGGCUGAUUCUAUUUGGCCGUUUGAAGGUAGUUAGAAGUGGUUGAGUUAGUUAGGAGUUUGUUAGAACUCAACCAUCUUCGAACUCCUCUAUAUAUUACAAACCAUACCUUUGUAAUCAUUGAUUUUUUUUAUCAAUAAAAUCAAGAUGAAUUAGAGAUUAAUGAUA